CGCAAGAAGCAGACCCCCCUCCACUCCGAGCUAAAAUGGCCCUCCGUCGCGUCCUCACCACCAGCAAGGCCUUCAAGGCUGCCCCGAGCCUGCUGCGCCGCUCCAUGGCUACCGUCGCCGACGAGAUGACCGUGCGUGACGCCCUCAACACGGCCAUGGACGAGGAGCUCGAGCGCGACGAGGAGGUGUUCCUCAUGGGCGAGGAGGUCGCCCAGUACAACGGCGCCUACAAGGUGUCCAAGGGCCUGUGGGAGAAGUACGGCGACAAGCGCAUCAUCGACACGCCCAUUACGGAGCAGGGCUUCACGGGCCUGGCCGUCGGCGCCGCCUACCACGGCACGAAGCCCAUCGUCGAGUUCAUGACGUUCAACUUCGCCAUGCAGGCCAUCGACCAGAUCAUUAACUCGGCCGCCAAGCAGUUCUACAUGUCCAACGGCGACAUCGCCGUGCCCAUCGUCUUCCGUGGCUCCAACGGCCCCGCCGCCGGUGUUGCCGCCCAGCACUCGCAGUGCUACGCCGCCUGGUACGGCAGCGUGCCCGGCCUCAAGGUCGUGGCCCCCUAUGACUCGGAGGACGCCCGUGGUCUGCUGAAGGCCGCCAUCCGCGACCCCAACCCGGUUGUGGUGCUCGAGAACGAGCUGGUGUACGGUGUGUCGUUCCCCGUGUCGAAGGAGGCUCAGGACAAGGACUUCACGAUCGAGAUUGGCAAGGCCAAGAUCAUGAAGCCCGGCAAGGACGUCACCCUGGUGGCCUUCUCCCGCAUGGUGGGUGAGGCUCUCGAGGCUGCCGCCGCCCUCGCCAAGGAGGGCAUUGACGCCGAGGUGAUCAACCUUCGCUCGAUCCGCCCGUUCGACCGUCAGGCCAUCAUUGACUCCGUGAAGAAGACCAACCGCAUCGUGUCCAUCGAGGAGGGCUGGGGCCAGCACGGCAUUGGUGCCGAGAUUGCCGGCAUUAUCAUGGAGACCGAAGCCUUCGACUACCUGGACGCUCCCCUUGAGCGUGUGACUGGCACGGACGUCCCCAUGCCGUACGCCGAGAACCUGGAGAAGCUGUGCCUGCCGCAGGUCGAGGACAUCAUUGCCGCUACCAAGCGCACCCUGGCGCGCAACCUGUAAGCAAAGCACCUCAGAACCUCGAGGAGCAGACCAUGGACGAUGUCGUUGUUCCCAUCUCGAUCUGAUCUGAAGAACCUCGCGCUAUGAAGGAAAGCAGGGCGAGGGCUGAGCACUUGCUCACUCAACACUACGCAGCGCAAGACGCACUAUGCGGAAGAGCAGAAGAGAGUGGAGUGGUUGACAGUAGGAAGGGUGUAACUAAUCGAGCCCGAUAGACCAC